GUGUGUGGAUGCGAGGACUCUUUCUCUCGUGUUAUUUGAGUGGCUGCAGGUACUGGUGUCUGCCUCUGUGCCGGAGGGGUGACGAGAGAAAAAAGAGGACUAGUGCUUGAUAUCCCCCUCUGGCCUCCCCAUCUCCCUGCUCCCUGUCACUCCAUCCUUCCUCCCUCCCGGACCACCCGUCAGCAGCUGGAUCAACCCGCCCGGACCCUUCUCCCACAACCCCUUUGACUAUCCUCACUUCACCGUCCCGUCUCAUCAACUCUGUGCGGGAAUUUAUCAUUGCUUGAAGUCUGGAUUUGACGGUGCAGUCACAGAUAAUCUUGGUUUGAGAAGCAACACAAGCUCUUUUACAGAGUGAGGAUUUGCUCAGGUGAGGUACACUGGACAGACACAGUUCUCCCAAGUCUUCUAGAAGUGUGACGGCACGUGGUCACAUGACCUGGAAGAGAAAACCCAAGAGACUUUUGGGAUCCCUAUCUGAAUGGGCCGGUUAUCAACCUGGAAAGAAGUCUAAAGGCUGAUGAACUGAUCCGCACAGUGACACAGCUGCGCUCUCUUCCCCUCUUCAUCUGUCAAAUCUCUCCAUUUAUGUCCUGAGAUCCACCACUUUCAGCAACUCCGGUGACUGGUUGGCUGCUGAACCAUCAUUCUUGUCCUGCUCCUGGGAAUUUCCUGUCACGUGAUCAUAUUCCUGCUUCACCUCCACUCCUAGUAUGGAACCCGGCAAAGUCCAAUCUGAGGGCGGGCUGAAUGUGACCCUGACCAUCAGGCUUCUCAUGCACGGCAAGGAAGUUGGAAGCAUCAUUGGAAAGAAAGGGGAAACUGUGAAGAAGAUGCGUGAAGAGAGCGGCGCUCGCAUCAACAUCUCUGAAGGAAACUGUCCUGAGAGGAUUGUCACCAUCACUGGGCCCACAGAUGCCAUCUUUAAAGCCUUCGCUAUGAUCGCAUACAAGUUUGAAGAGGAUAUAAUCAACUCCAUGAGCAACAGUCCCGCCACCAGUAAGCCACCUGUCACCCUGCGCCUUGUGGUGCCCGCCAGUCAGUGUGGUUCUCUCAUUGGCAAAGGAGGCUCCAAAAUCAAAGAAAUGAGAGAGUCCACAGGAGCUCAGGUGCAGGUAGCAGGGGACAUGCUGCCUAACUCCACAGAGCGCGCUGUGACAAUCUCCGGCACCCCGGAAGCCAUUAUCCAGUGUGUCAAACAGAUAUGUGUGGUCAUGCUGGAGUCCCCACCGAAAGGUGCCACUAUCCCCUACCGCCCCAAGCCCGCCACCACCCCCGUCAUUUUUUCAGGUGGCCAGGUAAGAGCCGACCCGCUGGCGGCGUCUGCAGCCAAUCUCAGCCUGUUACUCCAGCACCAGCCACUGCCUGCCUACACGAUUCAGGGACAAUAUGCCAUUCCACACCCAGAUCAGUUGACCAAGCUCCACCAGUUGGCUAUGCAGCAAACCCCCUUUACUCCCCUCGGACAGACCACCCCUGCUUUCCCUGGUUUGGAUGCCAGUCCCCCGGCCAGUACUCAUGAACUCACCAUUCCCAAUGAUCUAAUAGGCUGUAUAAUCGGGCGCCAGGGAACCAAAAUCAACGAGAUCCGUCAGAUGUCUGGAGCCCAGAUCAAAAUCGCUAAUGCCAUGGAAGGGUCAUCAGAGCGCCAGAUCACCAUUACAGGAACCCCUGCCAACAUCAGCCUUGCCCAGUACCUCAUCAACGCAAGGUUCAGAGAUGUGGCAGCCAUGUGGACUGACCCCUCAUCAAUGACUACAUCUUGAAGCCCCAAACUGCUGAUUCCCAAUAAAGCUUACAUACAGUGUUCCCCUAAACCCCAUGGUCAAAUUCAUUAGUAGAUACACUCAUGUACUGUAGGCAGACUACUGAAAAGUAAAAAAAACAAUGAUACAUGAAAACAGUAGUAUGAUUUGUUUAUGUUAUGCAGUGUUUUACAGUAGUGCUAGUGUUUCAGCAUGCUGAAUGCUUGGAUCUUGUCGUAUACCCAUUUCAAUUUGUAAGAUUAGUUCAGUAUGGUUGCCGAGUCUUGUAGUUUUGUCAGAAAAGCUUAAGAAUUGCAUCUCUAAUUGCUUUUUAGCAAUGCUGUUGGCAAGUGAUGUGAUGCAAAUUUGUGAAGAUGUUGAUAAACUGAGGAAUGGCUGGAAACUGUGUUUCUUUAAAGGGGAAAUUGAUUUGAUUGAUUUCAUCUCAGAAGGAAUGCAUUUUACUAAACAUGGAGAGCAAGUUAUCGUUCCUUUACAGAAGUGUGAAAUGCUUUCUGAAUUAUUUUUACGUUAUCUAUUUUUUUCUAUCUUUUCCCUCCCCUUUUCCUUCUUCCCCGGACUGUUCUAGGCUGACGUCUGAGGUCACUGGAAUGGGCACUCUCUAAUUUCUACCCAUGAUCCUUCACUGCAUCACAUGACCCUUGAGCCAAUGGCAUUGCACCUAUAGUUUUUCUCUCUGUAUUCAGCUGUCAUGUAUUUUAAGUCAUUUUGACUCCUUUAUAUUCUAUAAUGUGCACAUAUUUAAGAUGUCACUCCUACUGAACUUCUGUUGUGAUCCUGACUAUCCCUAUUUAUUAAUUGCAACCUGUUUAUUUUGAAGUUAACUUUUUUGGUUCUCUAGUACCUCAUGUAUUGGUUUCCCAUUGCUUUACUGUGAUGUCAUCAUUUUCCUUCCAUAUUUUAUGUUAUGUCUGCACUGAUGUUACAGCUAAGCCGGUCAAACGCUACACUUUAAGUCACAUUGAACUUGCGUUCUGUGUUUUAGUGAUACUCUGAAACACAGGGCUCUGUUUACUAUUUACUCUACCUUACAACAGUGCAUCUCAUACAUACUGAUGGAAUUGGACUCUUUGCAUAUACGCCUGUACGUAUUUUUCAUUUUGGCACGUUGAGUAACUCCGAAUCCGUUAUUAGACUUGUAUUCAUUUUUAAAUUUCAAAACAGGGGCUACAAAUAACAAAUGCACUAUUUGAGGAAAUAAAAGUCAUGCUUUUAGCUUUACUGCAGGCUCAGAAUAUUGAGUUUAUCGAGUGAUUGAAUACGGUACAUUACAACAUCAUUAUUUAUUACAAAUAUUUUAUGUUACUGCAGUAAUGGGAAACAUUUUAAGCCCUUUUUUGAAUACAGAUUUGAAUACAGAUGAGCUAAUAAUACAAUUCAACUCAUGCUUUAAUCUCCCGCACUUCAUUUUGUUUUCCACAUUGCUCUCCAAUAUCUCAUUAAAAUAUAGUGAAUAUUAGGAAAUCGAUCAUUUAAUCGAGCUUUGAAUACUUCAACACACACAUUUGACAUGGAUGGCGAGGGCAUUUCUGCUAGAGCACUUUGCUGUUGUCUGCAAGUCACAUCAUCAAUAAUAAUAAUAAUUUAGGAUCAUUAGUAUUUAUGAUUCUGGAAUGUUCAUGAAUUUAUGCUGUUGUUGUGAUGGCAGGUUUAACAGGCUUGUCUAGCGAUGCUUAAAUAUGAUUGUUUCUGCUUACCAGUUUAUAAUUGAAACACCUUAAACAUGCACACAGUUACUCUUACCCGUUAUAUACUGUAUGUUUUUACCUAUGGGUACCUUUGAAUAUAAUUUUUUACAUUUUGCCCAUGAUAAUGUGAUGGUUGUUGUAAGGUGAAGUAAGUCAUGCAACACGCUGGCUAUAACAACAGUGGCUUAGUAAGUGGGGGUGGGGUUUAGUUUGUGGGCGGAGCUACUUGUGUAUCUGAAAAUGGUUGAUGGGAUGGUCUUUGAUAGAUUAUUGUUUUGUGCCGCAGAACCAACCUGAUCUCACGAGAAUUCGUACAUAUUUUAUGAGUCGGCUAAUUUGCAUGAAUUUGUUUGAAGUAAAUUGGUAAGAUUAUUUAAAAAUAAAAACUAUAAACAUAACAUCACGGGGACGAAAGCAAAAAUGUACGAAUUUGGUCGUACAGUAGCCAUUUCGUAAAAUAUGUACAAUUUACCUAGAGAUUGUGUUGUAGAUCUCAUCUCCCAUCAAAAUUGUCAGUGUAAUCCAUGUUUUAUACUUAUUGAAGCCCUUUGAUUAAGCUGUGGAUGUUUUUCCUGAUUUUUAGGAUUGCACAAGCAGUGGUUGCGUUGUGUUUACCAUUUACCCUAAUCUGAAUUUACCAAAAUCUGAAUUUACCUAAAUCUGAAUUUACCUAAAUCUGAAUUUACCUUAAUCUGAUUUUACCUUAAUCUGAUUUUACCCUAAUCUGAAUUUACCUGAAUCUGAAUUUACCUUAAUCUGAAUUUACCUUAAUCUGAAUUUACCUUAAUCUGAAUUUACCUAAAUCUGAAUUUACCUUAAUCUGAAUUUACCUAAAUCUGAAUUUACCUUAAUCUGAAUUUACCUUAAUCUGAAUUUACCUAAAUCUGAUUUUAGCUUAAUCUAAAUUGACCUUAAUCUGAAUUGACCUAAAUCUGAAUUUACCUAAAUCUGAAUUUAGCUUAAUCUGAAUUUACCUUAAUCUGAAUUUACUUUAAUCUGAAUUUACCUUAAUCUGAAUUUACCUUAAUCUGAAUUUACCUAAAUCUGAAUUUACCUAAAUCUGAUUUUAGCUUAAUCUAAAUUUACCUUAAUCUGAAUUUACCUAAACCUGAACUGUAUUUCACCCUUAUCACACUUUAAUGUCAAACAAAUAUGGAAUUAAGGCUGAAAGUUGAAUGUAACUGCUUCAACAUGUUAUUCAUCAUAUAACAGACGAUGCUACUCUUUUUUUUUUACAUUUCUUAAUAUUCCAAAUGCAUGGUGUUACAUGAGAAAUAUUUUAUUUCCCGAUCUCGUAACAGAAAAUGCAUUCACAUUGAUAUAAUCGGGUACAAUGGCAUGUUUGCAAAGCAUUAAAGCUAUACAGAAAUAUUCUAUAUUUAUAUAUUAAACGUUUAGUAUUUCUUAACGACGAAUCGAAAAUAUGCACCCAAGGGUUAAUCUACAUCAAAGGCAUAAUAUGAAUAUAAUCUAAUUCAUUUCUAAUCUACUGUACGGUUUAUUUUGAGCUACCGUAUGAGCACAGAACUUUUGUAAUGUUGAAAUUCAACUCACAAGGUCAAGUAUGCAUACGGUCAUGUUAAGCUAACCACGAGUAUGACCAAAAUGUCAUAUUAGUGACUCAUUCAUUGGAAAUUAUUUAACAUGUUUUGUGGUUGCUUUAGAUUAAGAAUUACGUUAGCAUAUGUUUUGCACUGCUUUAAAAUGUAAUACUGUAUGUGUCAGUGGUUUAGGCUCGGUUAUAGAUUAAGUUAGAUUGUACGUUCACACAAGGCAAUGUCUUGUGAUACUUAUGGAAUGUUUUAUUUGAUGUUACGUUUAGUCCAUAAUGUGGUGUACUUUAGAUUUACGCUGUACAGAAACAUAAUAAUAUUAGUCAACAGCAUGCGUAACUGUUACAUUUCUGCGUAGUGGAAUGCAUUACUAUGGGAGGCUUUAAUUUUUCAUCACUAUUAUUUACUAUUUAUUAUUGUUAUACUAUUUUGUUGUUUAUUUUACAAAUGCAAUAAUAUAAAUGUGUGUGUGGAAUUGCAGUGAUACUGUAUGUUGUAAAUGAUUUGAUGGAAAACACGGUAAGUCAUUUCAAACUACUUUUAUAGUUUUGUCAUAUUUAAUCUUCAACUGGCUUCAUGAUAUCUCAUGAUAAUCGUUCUCAUCUAAAUCAUGUGUUGGACUUGUACUCAUAACACACAAAUACACACUUUGUAUGCAUUAAAAAUCAUUGUAUUCAUUUUGUUGGUCAUGCAAUUUUCAAUUGUACUAGAGCAGCAAAAAAAAGAAAAUCCCUCGAUCUGUCUGUGCUUCUGUAAAUGAUUCGGUUUGAAAAUGUAACAGAGUAAUUAUUUUAUGUUGGACAAUUUGCUGCUUGCAGCUCUCUAUAAUAGAUUUAAAGUACUGCUGAGGCUAGGUUAACUUUGAAAUGUUUUGUAAAAAUAUGAGAAUAAAGUUUGUUUUUCCCUUGAA